AUGUGGACAGCUCCACCUCGCCAGCCCAGCGAGCGCGGCCUGCCUGCACAGCACAGCGCAGCACUGCUGCCGCGAGGUCAGACACCGUACGUCCCAGCAAUCCUCCGCACCCGUGCGCGCUGCCGACGCUUCCUGGUUGCGGCCACCACUGCUGCUGCUGCUGCUGCUGGUCGAGGAGGGGAGGGCAGCCUUACCAGCACGUGCGAGGCCUUGUGCCUUGGAGACGCUGCAGGUGCCGAAUGCGAUGUUUCUGCUGCUGCACGUCUGCCGCGUUUCUGCUGGAGCGGCCGCGGGGGAGUCGGUGGUGCGGCGCAGCGGCGUGUAGGCGUUUCGGUGAGUGCUGGAGCGUCCCAAUCAACGUACGUGGCCGUCCGCGAGCGAUCGUAUCAAGACCGGGAUGAUGGUGUGGUGAUAGAGUUGGCAGAGCGUGCAAGCUUCGAGGCAGCGCGACUGCGGCCGGCGACGGCCAAGCUCCAUCCCGAAGCCGAUGCCCCGGGCGCUGGCCAAUUCAUUGGGCUGCCAUGA